UCAGGAGCGCCCGGCGCGUUGGUUCGACUCGGCGACGCGUCCACGUUUGGGCCGGCGACCCCCGGUGCAGCGCGGCCGCUCCCGGCGGCGCCGGCCGUUAUGGAGGUCCCGCCCCGGCUAUCGCAGGGGCCGCCGCCAUUGUUCCCCUCGCCGCCGGCCCCCCGCAGCCUCUCCCAUUGGCGGCCCCGGGCGCCCCGGCUGCUAGCCCCGCUGCUGCCGUCGCUGAGUUCCGGCUCCGCCCGGCAGGGGGCGCGUCGAGCGCCGCGCCACGUCACCGCCCCCCAGCCCUCGCGAUUGGCGGGCGGGGCGUCUAUAAAGGGAGGGCGCAGGCGGCGGCCGGAUCUCUUCCGCCGCCAUUUUAAAUCCGGCUCCAUCCAACGCGCCGCCGCUGCGACUGCCUCUCCGCGCCGCCUGCCCCCGACCCACAGCCCCGCCGCCAUGGAGGACGUGAACGAGUACAGCAACAUAGAGGAGUUCGCCGAGGGCUCCAAGAUCAACGCCAGCAAGAAUCAGCAGGACGACGGUAAAAUGUUUAUCGGAGGGCUGAGCUGGGACACGAGCAAGAAGGACCUGACCGAGUACCUGUCCCGCUUCGGAGAGGUGGUGGACUGCACCAUCAAGACGGACCCCGUCACGGGCAGGUCCAGGGGCUUUGGCUUCGUGCUCUUCAAGGACGCGGCCAGUGUGGACAAGGUCUUGGAGCUCAAGGAGCACAAGCUGGAUGGCAAGUUGAUAGACCCUAAGCGGGCCAAGGCUUUAAAGGGAAAGGAGCCCCCCAAAAAAGUGUUCGUCGGCGGCCUGAGCCCGGACACGUCGGAGGAACAGAUUAAAGAAUACUUUGGAGCGUUCGGCGAGAUUGAGAAUAUCGAACUUCCUAUGGACACAAAAACAAAUGAAAGAAGAGGAUUUUGUUUUAUUACAUACACAGAUGAAGAACCAGUAAAGAAAUUAUUAGAAAACAGAUAUCAUCAGAUUGGUUCUGGGAAGUGUGAAAUCAAAGUUGCCCAGCCUAAAGAGGUAUACAGGCAGCAACAGCAACAACAGAAAGGAGGGAGGGGCGCCGCAGCUGGUGGCCGAGGUGGGACUAGGGGUCGUGGCCGAGGUCAGGGCCAAAACUGGAACCAAGGAUUUAAUAACUAUUAUGAUCAAGGAUAUGGAAAUUACAAUAGUGCCUAUGGUGGUGAUCAAAACUAUAGUGGCUAUGGCGGAUAUGAUUAUACUGGGUAUAACUAUGGGAACUAUGGAUAUGGACAGGGAUAUGCAGACUACAGUGGUCAACAAAGCACGUAUGGCAAAGCAUCCCGAGGGGGUGGUAAUCACCAAAACAAUUACCAGCCAUAUUAAAGAAGGACAUGGAGAAACAGCGGGAACUUCAUUGCAGGCCGUGUGUCACCCUGACCACGUCUCUCUCUGGGGGUCGCACGUUGCGGGCAGAGCGCAAGGCACACACCAGAAAACGCUGUCCUGUGGUGCAGAUGCUACAGCAACCUGUCUUGCAGGAUGACGACAUUGAAUGGAGAGUGGUCUUCUAUUGAUCUGAGAUGACUAUUUUGUAAAAGACUUUUAGUGUACAUGACACAACUGUGUCCAAUUGUAUAUAGCGGCCGAUUUAGUUUUCUUGUUUUUGCUUUGUCCUUUGCCAUCUGUGUUAUGACAAAUGUGGAUUUGUGUUUAUACAAAUUUUAUUUGUAUAAUUUCAUGUUAAAAUGAUUCUCAAAAAUAAAUUACUUGUGAUUGUUUUUCUGUGUCAGGUACUAAAUAGCUCUGUAAAAAAAUGUAAUUUUAAAAAAGCAAUAAUUGAGGCACAGUUUAUUCUCUAGGAGUCAUGGACAGUGGGGAAAAGCAGUGGUCCUUUAUAAAUAGCAAGCAGCAAACUUUGCCUUAGUGUUCUAAUUCCUUCGACAAAGGUCUAUGCUAAGGAUUCGUGUCCAUGUUUAAAAUAACCAUAAAUGCUAACUACCAUGCAGUUGAACAGUGUUUGUCCCCCACAUAUGCAUUCUUGGGAUCUUUGUGAUGAGAAGUGUUAAUUCAGCAUGUUGUGAAAAGCUGAAAUUGUUUCUAUUGGGCCAUUGAUCCCUUGACUUUUAUUUUCAAAGUAGAGUACCUUUUUAUUAAACACCACAAAAUAAGGCAUAGUUAGUAACUGCUUUUAUGAGUUAACAAGAUGCUUUGAGCCUAUUUGUAAAAAAUUAAAAAAAACCCACUCAUCUAUUAUGAUGACUUGACACUUGCAUUGAAUGUGAGUGUAAUUCAAAUUUCAUAUUUCCACAUCCAUUAAAACUUGAUCAAAGAUUAACAUGGGCAAGAUUUUCACUGCAGAAUUGUAAGUAAAUGAAUUGUACUCUGAAAUAGUGAAUUAUGUCACUGCCACUGCCAAACCAUAAAUAGCUAUUUCCUAUUGGAACACAUACUUGGAAAGCUUUAGUAGUUAACGGCUUUUGUCUUGGAAGUUUUUAGGAAAAGUCAUGAUAGUAAAUCCCAAUAAUUCAUGUAUUGUUUUGUAUUCUAAAUAAAGGUUAUUUUUCCAUUUUUAAA